AUGGAGCAUCUGACAUGGGUCCGACCCGUGGCUCGUACGUCCUCGGAUCGUGUCCCCAGGAGCAGCAGCGUGGGAAGCAGGAUGGGGUUGCUCGGGAGCAAAAAUCAGCUGAUGCCCAAUGAGAAACACACUUCUGGAGGCAACCCAAAACCCAGGAGUAAACCUCCUCCUGCUCCCCCCAAGGGCAGACAAUUUAUCAAAACCCCUCAUCUAAACCAAGCCUCUGCACAAGAUAACUUGGUUGUGGUUGCACUGUACGACUUUCCUGCCUCGAGUGACCGUGACCUGGAGCUGGUCAAAGGGGAGAAACUGCAAGUCCUCUCCAAUGAUGGGGACUGGUGGCUGGCAAAGUCCCUCAGCAGUGGCAGGAAAGGCUACAUCCCCAGCAACUUCGUUGCACAAGUGGACAGUUUGGAAGAGGAAAAGUGGUAUUUUAGAACUCUGAGCAGAAAAGAUGCUGAAAGGCUGCUCCUGUCCUCUGGUAACAAAGCUGGCUCUUUCCUUGUCCGAGAGAGCGAAACAAGCCAAGGUGCCUAUUCCCUGUCUGUGAGAGACAGCAACUCUGCCCAGGGGGACAUCAUCAAACACUACCGGAUCCGCUCCUUGGAUGAUGGGGGGGGAUAUUACAUCUCCCCCAGGAUGACAUUUUCCAGCCUCCCAGAGCUCAUCCAGCAUUACUGCCAGAGAGGGGAUGGCCUGUGCCAGCGCCUCACAGCUCCCUGCAUAUCCCUGGUUCCCCAGAGACCCUGGGCACAGGAUGAGUGGGAGAUCCCACGGGAGUCUCUGAAGCUUGUGAAGAAGCUUGGUAGUGGGCAGUUUGGAGAAGUGUGGAUGGGCUAUUACAAGAGCAACAUCAAGGUGGCUGUGAAGACCAUGAAGGAGGGCAGCAUGGAUCCUGAUGCCUUCUUGGCAGAGGCAAACUUGAUGAAGAAGCUGCAGCACAACAAGCUGGUCCGGUUAUAUGCAGUGGUCACCAAGCAGCCCAUCUACAUCGUGACAGAGUACAUGGCCAAUGGGUGUUUGCUGGAUUACUUGAAGACGGAAGAAGGAAGCCAGCUGAGUCUCCCCAAACUCAUCGACAUAGCUGCUCAGGUGGCAGAGGGGAUGGCCUACAUCGAGCGCAUGAACUUCAUCCACCGCGACCUGAGAGCCGCCAACAUCCUCGUCUCAGAGACCCUCUGCUGCAAAAUCGCUGAUUUCGGGCUGGCCAGGAUCAUUGAGAACGAAUACCUGGCACAGGAAGGUGCGAAAUUCCCAAUCAAAUGGACGGCACCAGAGGCCAUUAACUAUGGAGUUUUCACCAUCAAAUCUGACGUGUGGUCCUUUGGGAUCCUCCUGACAGAGAUCAUAACCUAUGGCAGGAUCCCUUAUCCAGGGAUGACCAACCCCGAGGUGAUCCGCAACCUGGAGCGUGGCUACCGCAUGCCCUGCCCGGAGCUGUGCCCCGCGGAGCUCUACAGCGUCAUCCUGAAGUGCUGGCGCAGCAAACCCGAGGAGCGCCCGACCUUCGAGUACCUGCAGUCGGUGCUCGAGGACUUCUACACGGCCACGGAGAAGCAGUACGAGCCAGAGCCUCAGCAGUGA